AUGAUGGAUGCAUUCGAAUAUAACGCGAACCCUGGGCGAGUCGUCUUCGGCAGUGGUACUCUCCAGAAACUCCCCGAUGAGAUCUCUAGACUCAAUCUGAAGGCUCCGCUGGUGUUGUCAACGCCACAGCAGAUCAGCCAAGCGGAGAAGGUCAAGGAUGUCCUCAAGGGCAAGGUAGCCGGUAUCUUUACUGAGGCUACAAUGCACACUCCUACACACAUUACAGAAAAGGCUCUCGAGUAUGCGAAGUCUCAGAAUGCUGAUUUGGUCAUCUCUAUCGGCGGUGGAAGCACCAUCGGGCUGGGGAAAGCUAUCAGCAUCCGUACGGGCAUGCCUCACAUUUGCAUUCCAACCACCUAUGCGGGAAGUGAAAUGACCCCUAUCUUGGGCGAGACGGCCGAUGGUUUGAAGAAGACACGUUCAGAUCCUAAAAUCCUUCCUGGAACUGUCAUUUACGAUGUCGACCUUACUAUGACAUUGCCACCAGCAAUGAGUGCUACUAGUGGUGUGAAUGCUAUUGCUCAUGCCGUCGAAGCACUCUAUGCCCGCAAUACUAACCCCGUCAUCAACUUGAUGGCCGCCGAGGGUACCCGUGCACUAGCAUCAGCCCUUCCUGAAAUUGUCGAGAACCCCACAUCUCAAUCUGCCAGGCGUCGGCUCUAUAUGGUGCUUGGCUCUGCGGGACCUGUCUUGGUAGUGUGGAUUCCAGAGGCAAUGAAGAAGCUAGCUGAAGCACUUCCCGAUAGUAAUGGAGAUGCUAUCCAGGGCCUAAAUAUCUUGCUGUCCAAAUUGCAAGUCAAGCGAGGCCUUAAGGACUUUGGCAUGAAGGAGGAAGAUAUCGACAAGGCAGCGGAUAUUGCUGUUAGCAACCCCUACUGGAACCCUCGGGAGAUCGAGCGCGCACCAAUCCGGGAAUUAAUCCGACGUGUUUGGGCUGGGGAACCAGCACGGGCAGAUUUGUAG